UUCUUGCUGACUUCAUAACGGUGUUUCUUCCGGGAUCACCGUCAUCACUCCGCUACGGAGGUGUCCUUACUGGCAGCUAAUUGUUAAUCUGUAUUUAAACGGACCUAAUUUAAUACAAUUCACGACUGGAGUAGUAUUGCACAUCUGAAAUAUGAAAGGAAUGAAACCGCACCUCAUUCUGUUGCUGCUCUUCGCGUCUUUGCUUUGUGCAGAGACGGCCAGAAGCCGGAAAGAUUCCACCAACCAGAAUAGUUUCAGAAGGGCGGCUAACGGAUUCUACCAAAUGUUAAGCAAUAUUUUUGGAGAGGACAACAUCAGAGGUCUUUACAAGUUCUUCUCCAAGACGACGGAACGCUUUGUCCAUGGUGUCGACUCUUUCCUGGACACUGUUUGGAAGAUGUGGACAGAUCUGUUGGAUGUGAUGGGCAUUGAUGCCUCCAACCUGAGCCACUACUUCAGCCCAACGUCUUUGACAAACUCCCCGGCUCGUGCCCUGCUCCUAGUGGCUGCUGUGUUGGUGGCUUACUGGUUCCUCUCCCUGUUUCUGGGGGGAUUCUUCUACCUGCUGCACAUCGUAUUUGGUCGCUUCUUCUGGCUGGCCCGAGUUACACUGUUUGCCCUCUCUUGCCUGUAUAUCUUGCAGAAGUUUGAGGGGGACCCCGAGCGGGCUGUGCUCCCUCUCUGCUUCGUAAUGGCUGUGUACUUCAUGACGGGGCCUGUGGGGGCGUACUGGCGUAGAGGUGGGGGUACUGCCUCUCUGGAGGAGAAGAUCAAUCACCUGGACACCCAGAUCCGCUUGCUCAACAUCCGGCUGAGCAGGGUCAUCGACAGCCUGGAGCGCGCCGGGGAGAAGUAGAGCUGACCCCACACACCCACCGCUGACAACAGCUGUAUCCAUAGGGUGGCUGGAGGUUUGGGUGUAUAAGGGCAGGGAGAUCUAAGCAGAUCGAUGCUUUCUGUUAUGAGAAAGAUCUUGUUUUUUAGUGUUUUUUAUUUGUAUUUUUAUCCUGACCUGUUGAUAUUUUGUUAUAUUGUUUAACAACUGCUGAUGGUUGCUCUUUUUGGAAAUUGUGUUCAAUGAAAAAAUGGGAUGGAUGUUUGUUUUGGGUAUGUGAUGGUGUCAUAGCGGGACCAGACACAACUGUAAGUAUUUCAUCCCAGUUAGCUCAGUAGUUAGUAGACCAAUGGCAGUUUUACUUAUUGCAUUUUUUCCGUCCUGACACUGAGAUGUAUAGUCAAAAAUAAUGUCACCAUUCCAUUGUAGCAGUAGGUCAUUCCUGGCGUAUUUCAGGACCUCUCUUUCUAUAUAAUGGACAUACUGUGUGUGUGUGUGUGUGUGUGUGUGUGUGCAAGCGUGUGCGUUUCAUGCAUGUGAAUCAUUGGAAAAGCACUGGGAAAAAAGUUAAGACUGGCGAAACCUGGGCAGGCAUGAAAAUCUCAGGGAGACAUUUUUAAAAAAGAAUAUCAAGAACAAUUAUGUGAAUAUACCCCACAUCAAUAUCAACUUAACCCUUUACACUCAUGGGAAUUGACCUAUAUGGAAUAGGGCUGAAUUGGUAGCAAUUGAAAGGGAACAGUUUGGAGAUUAGGGGAAAAUGAUUAAGACAAGUUGAGGACACAAUAGUUCACAAGACUGAAUCCAAACAUUACACUGUUGAUUUUAUGUGCAUUUUACAUUGACUGUACUUUUCACCCCAUUUGUUGAUAACGAAAUCUGAAAAUACUCUGGAUACAUUCAGUAACAUGAUGAGAAUAUUCCUGGAUAAAAAUGAAAAAAAAGGUAUUUUGACCAGGGAAACGGAUCAUAUUUUUGGUGCACAUAGAAAAGAGUCAUGAGUGUAUUCAGGUGUGUGUUCUUCAGCGAUAUUUUGCUUCACAAUAGACAAACAGGCUCAUUUUGUUCAAAACAGCCCAGGGUAUGACGCCAUGUCAUCUUGUAACUAUACAUCAAACAAAGUGAUCAUAAACGGUGACACUGUAUAUAUUAGUUUUAUGAUAUGGAAAUGUGAAGUGCACAUUUGGACUCGCAGGUGUUUGGCUUGUAUCACAUCAGUGGUAUUUAUUCUAAUCCUCAAUGUCUCAUCUUUGAAAAUAAAUAGAGUCCUCUUAAUUUACAGCAUUUCCCUCAGACAACAGAAAAGGCAGAAGUUGCCAAAUUAGUGGGAGGGAUGGUGACCACUUCUUGUCGCUUGAGGUGCUCAAGUUCAGAACAUCUGUCAGUCAAAACCCAUACAGAGCUGUGAAGCGCAGAGCCUGAGCUAUGAUGUCAUAUAUAACAUGUUACUGUACAGACACUGAGCUAUGAUGUCAUUUAUAGCAUGUUACUCUACAGUCACUGAGCUAUGAUGUCAUUUAUAACAUGUUACUGUAGUCACUGAGCUAUGAUGUCAUUUAUAGCAUGUUACUCUACAGUCACUGAGCUAUGAUGUCAUUUAUAACAUGUUACUCUACAGUCACUGAGCUAUGAUGUCAUUUAUAGCAUGUUACUGUACAGCAACUGAGCUAUGAUGUCAUUUAUAGCAUGCUACUCUACAGUCACUGAGCUAUGAUGUCAUUUAUAGCAUGUUACUGUAGUCACUGAGCUAUGAUGUCAUUUAUAGCAUGUUACUCUACAGCCACUGCGUUCCAAUUUAGGCGUUUAUCAGUGCCCAAAUCUGUCAUUUUCAACCCGUAUUAUAGGUGCGAGUGUAAAGGCCUACUAUGUUACAGUGACACUGAUUUUGUUGCACAGCCGUGUUUGAAUCGUGGCCAGCCAUCUGCAGAAGGAUGGAAGGUCUACCUUUUAUACUCGGGCUCAUCAUCCACAUUGAGAUAAGGGUGUUAAUGGUAGAAAUACCAUAAUAAAGUAUAGUUAUAAUGGAAGCGUAUUAGUAAUUCCCAUAAAAACAUAAUUAUAUUUGCCGUGUGACAAGUCCUCCCUGUUUCAGUGGAUGGCACAUUAUGCAUGCCUAGACUAUAUCUGUAUUUGUUGUGAAUUUGGAUGCACUUUUUGGUCAUUCCUGCUUUGCAUCAUUGUACAUCGCAAAGUGUACGUUUUUAUAGGGCCAUAGUGUGUGAUUUCUUAAAAGGGAAUUUUAUCAUUUAACUCUAUAAUCUACUUUUGUGCUACAUUUGAUUGUGUUUUCAUUAGAAUAUAUAUAGUCCCAUAGAAGUCCAUUUUGUUGGGCGGGUGUUCAGUAAGUGGUUUGGUUUAGUUGGUGCCAGUUCAAAUGUUGUCAUUGGCUACCAUACCAUCUCUCCAGCCCCACCCCUCCAGAAGUGAACUUGUCUACACAAAUGUAGUUUUGAUUAUGUACUGUAUAGCGUAUGUGCUAUUCUAUAGCAAAAUGUUACAAUGUUGUAUUUGUUAAGUCAGUAUUUUAACAUUGUAAACGUUGGAAAUAUUUAAGAAUUUAAUGAGUAUUAAAUGUGUAUUGAUUUGUAAAAUAGGUCAUCUUGGAUCAUUUUGUACUGAUUCAUGUACUGUAGAGACAACCAUGUAUUUUCCAGCCAACACACAUCAUGCUGUCAUCCAUAGGUUCAUCACAGCAGAGGGUAGACUUGAGUAUUUGCGACAACUGUAAGAUGUAGUCUGCUGCUGAGUUGUCAUACAAAUCCUCAAUAAUAGAAUUCUCAGCAUUUGAUCUUUAUUUCAGGUUUGAGAAAGGACUAGGCCCAAUAUUGAAUGAUGGUGUAUGAGGUCCCAACUCCUUAUACAUUCUCUGUCUCUUUCUGUCUCUCUGUCUCUCUCACUGUCUCUUUCUCUCUCUCUCUCUGUCUCUCUCUCUGUCUCUCUCUUUCUCUCUCUUUCUCUCUCUUUCUCUCUCUGCAUCUCUCUCUCUGUCUCUCUCUUUUGCUCUCUGUCUCGUGCUCUCUGUCUCUCUUUUGCUCUCUGUCUCGCGCUCUCUGUCUCUCUCUUUUGCUCUCUGUCUCGUGCUCUCUGUCUCUCUCUUUUGCUCUCUGUCUCGUGCUCUCUGUCUAUCUCUUUUGCUCUCUGUCUCGUGCUCUCUGUCUCUCUCUUUUGCUCUCUGUCUCUCUCUUUUGCUCUCUGUCUCACGCUCUCUGUCUCUCUCUUUUGCUCUCUGUCUCGCGCUCUGUCUCUCUCUUUUGCUCUCUGUCUCGCGCUCUCUCUCUCUUUUGCUCUCUGUCUCGCGCUCUCUCUCUCUCUUUUGCUCUCUGUCUCGUGCUCUCUGUCUCUCUCUUUUGCUCUCUGUCUCGUGCUCUCUGUCUCUCUCUUUUGCUCUCUGUCUCAUGCUCUCUGUCUCUCUCUUUUGCUCUCUGUCUCUCUCUUUUGCUCUCUGUCUCGCGCUCUCUGUCUCUCUCUUUUGCUCUCUGUCUCGCGCUCUCUGUCUCUCUCUUUUGCUCUCUGUCUCGCGCUCUCUCUCUCUCUUUUGCUCUCUCUCUCUCUCUCUCUCUCUCUCUCUCUCUCUCUGUCUCAUGCUGUCUGUCUCUCUCUCAUGCCUCUUUGGCCUUGACACUGCAGCAGAUUUAGUCAGAUCUUUAUUAUCCAUCACCUUGAUGAUGUUGACACAGUAAAAUGGCAGCAGAAUGUCUAGACUUUAUGAAAUUUAAAUCUCUCACUGAGUAGAGUAAUAACUAUAAGAGUCAAUAAGACCCAUAUUCAUUCCAACUGAACAUCCGUUCUUUUCUGUCUAUGUAGUCCCCACAUGUGCUGUGCCAAAAUGAACGUUAUUCGUCUUUCUGUUUGAAACACUUAGUCUUAUGAAACUUGAGUAUAUUUCCCUGUAGUUCUUUAGCAUUUCCUUAUGUGUUCAUAUCUUGUUUUUCUACCUCCUGUUUUCCUUUGUGGGGAUGUUCUUCUACCCUACUGCCUGCUGUUGAACCGUGUCAUGUAUUGAAAAGUGUUGUGGAAAUGAGUCUUCGAGAGGAGUCAUUUUGAAGUGAAAUUGAGGUCCCAAGAUUUGAAUAAAUCAACUUUAUCACCACA